GCUACUGCAGGUCAUAUACGGAUCUACCCUAGGGUCUUUGCCGAGGGUACUAACGCCCGAGACUAUGGCAGCUGUACAGUCAAGAAUCUCGGUUACGACCCGGACAUGGAGCCCGUCCCCGCCGACUACGUCCCCAACGAGUGGGAUGUGCUACGCUCACGCGGAGAAGAAUGGGCUCACUUGCUCAAGCCGUUCGAGGAUGGGCGGGUGCUCGUACGCGCCAGGGGCAAGGAGCUAAUGGUAGCGGCUGGAUAUCAUGCAAUACGAUUUCACCUUGGCCUAGAGGCUAUGGGAACGGUCAUACCAAGGGCACAAUUCGAUGCCAUUGUCGCUCAAGACACUCCUGGGCCCAACGUCAACAAGGCUAAAGCACAACGUCUCCGCUCCUUCGUCAUUCCCGCUGACAUUGUGGUCCCGGAGGCUCUGCGAGCACGGCCAAACAAGCCGAACAACUAUCGCCCCGAUGGUUCUCAGUCUAUCAACAUCUUCGCAGCUAUCGUGUGCAAAGAUCAAGUCUUCAUCAUGGUGGAUUUUGCCCGUCUCCUGCGGAUGGAAAUUCUCAGUCUCGGACGUCAUUGGCACUAUAUGGACCUUGACCCGCUCACAUCCAAAAUCUGGACAGACGUAUGGGACUCCGAGCAUGGCCCCGACUUCAUCCUGGAGCCAGAGGCCGCUUUGGCGGCUCUCCUGCAAUGGAGAGGCAAGAUGUUGGAGGAGGCGGAUAUGUCGCUCGCCCUCAUAGAUGAGAUGUGCACAGACCAGCUCACGUUCCCCGGCAUCGGGAAACACACGGCAAACGACUUCCUCUUCACAUGCUCCCUGUGGCCCGGAAUCCCUCCCUGCAUACUCUGCUCUGACGAUGUUGAGUUUCAGAGGUUCCUGGACUGCUACGCCUGCUACAUGAGUAUGUGGGUGUCCCCGGAAUUCCGUCAACAUUGUGCCCAGCAGCACAACCUCGGCUCAGCCUUUGCGUUCAAUCGUUGGGCCGACUUGCGCUACACCCGCAGCUACCUGUGGAUCUUUCGCAAGGUCGAUGUCAGCAUGCCAGCCGAUUUAUACAACAGGUACCUCAGCAACGGUCUCUUAGACCCCGACCAUACCAUUGGUGAACCUUACGAGAAGAACAUCUCGGACCAGCUAGCCACCGGCAUGGUUAAGAAAAUGGUCCCCGUUCACGUCUAUCACGACCCGUAUAGCGCCGCCUUAAAGCCGCCCAAAUUCUACAGCAUCAUCGUUGCAAAGCGGCCAGACGAGUGGGGGAAAGGGUGGAAUGACAUGCCUGUGGAUGUCCGACUUGCGGGGAAGUCAACCACACUCGGCAUGGCGUCAUUCCACAUGUACAAGCAAAAUCAGUUCUCAGCGGAUAUGGCUCUUCCACCAGGACGUAUUCCUUUGGCAAGCAUGUCUUCUUUGCAUAUAUCUUCAUUGACUGACAUCUUCUGUAGGACCGCACGGGCAAGCGCGGUCGCCCUGCUAAACGCCGGCCUUCACGCGCUCAGCUCGACAAACAGGAGAAGCACAUUGCAAAUGUGCGACUCCGGGCUAAGUUGCGUCAGGCCGCAGCAACCACCGAUGAUAGCUCUGACGUGGAGUCUGGAGACGUCCUCGUUGACAACUCCGUCAGCGCUGUGGUGGAGACUGUUACCACUGCCACUGGGACGGGUCGGCCCCGACGUCAGGCUGCCAUCACUGCCACGCAGAAAAUCACCCAGACCGCACGCAAGGAAGACGAGGAGGACAGGCAGGAUAUAG